CCUGCCUAGAUUUGGCAGCCUCGUCACAGGCAGUGAGUUUUCAACUCACUGGCCCACGUGCUCUCGUCGUCGAGAAGCCUGAAUCGAUCGAUCGAAGAGAAGGUCUCGGAUCGUAGAGUGUCUUCCGACAAUACAUCUUGUCAAAUCUCCAUUCACUCCAAGGUGCCAUGGAGGACACAUCGUCGCCACCGCCUCGCCAGCAGCAGAAUUUCCGCUCCACGGCCUCAACCAACUGGCGCGUCAGAGACGAUACACCGCGCCUGGAGCAGCAGAAUUCUCGCGCGCGGUCCAACCGCAAUCAGAAUGAGCAAAACAGUGUCAACUCGGCACAGCCCGCUGACGAAGCAUCGGGAACGAGGCUUUACAUCGGCAAUCUUCUCUACACAGCCCAGCGCCCUGACGUCGAGGAGCUCUUCACCAAGAACGGAUUCAACGUCGUCGGGGUCAGUAUGUCCACGGAUCCCUUCACGGGACGAAAUCCGAGUUACUGCUUUGUAGACGUGGAAAGCCCGGAAGAAGCCCAGAGGGCCAUGAAUGAAUUGAACGGAAUGGACGUCCUCGGUAGAGCCGUUAGGGUCAGCCCCGGGGUGGCCAGGAGACAGGGCGGCCAAGGCCAGAGCAACGCCAGUGGUGCUGGGGCGGGGAGAGAAACCAGAGUGAAGGACUUCGAGCGAGGUUGGGGGAGGGCACGAGAGUCGAAGGAGCAGAAAGACUCUGAAUACAACCCAACGUUCGAUCGCUGGAGCCGUACAGACGCCAAUUCCCACUGGACUGCGCCUCAGUCCGAAGGUCGACGGCUCUACCUUGGCAACAUGCCCCGGAUCGAGCCACAGUCAGCGCAUGACGAGGAAGUGCGGGCUCUCUUUGCCCAGUACGUGCCGGAUAUCACGCCAACGGCGGUGUCAAAGCAGAUAUCACCACGUUCCCCCAAGCCCGAACAGCCAGGAAACCAGUACUAUUGUUUUGUCGAUCUGGAGAAGCCAGAGGACGUCGACGUGGUGAUUGGAGCGUUGGAUGGCAAGGAGGGCAGCUGGGGCGGGAAUGUCAGAGUCAACCGGGCUAGAGGCUCGGACAGAAAGGUCAUCAAGGAGCAGGGCUUGGGCGGCGGCGAGCGGCGAGCGUUCGGCGAAGGGAAUUGGCGAACGCAAACCUAGGCUUGAGUCCAAUCUGGGUCUCUGGAGAAGUGGACGCCCUGUAGAUGGGGACAUUGCGAAGGAAGGGCAUCCGCGAACGCGACAACCAAGGAUUUAUAUCCCUGCACUCCCCGAGCAGGUCGGUUGCUUAGGAACUCGCAUGCUCGCUGGUCUUCUUCGAGGCUACAACGCCAUCUCGACGAUAUUGCGCGUGGUGUGAACCUACCUAGGAAACCGAAUGGAGAAAUUCGCGGCAUGCUUUCUGGAUGGCGGUAAAUGGUAAAGUACAUACAGUCGUUAUUGGAUCGGGGAAGAUUCCCAUCAAACGGGCAACUCGUUUACUACUAUUCGCCUUUUUGUUUAUAAGAGGGCGGCCACGUCAUUGUCACAGAACACUCUUUGGCUCUAUAGGACAUAGCACAUGUUCUGACUUAGGCUGUGCCGCGUCGUUUUCCAGCUUGGCUUGCUAAGGAGGUGUAGGUGUAUGUGUUGGACAUCUCGCCCUCAGAAAUUCCAUCAACGGAUACGGC